GCGGUUGCCUAGCAACGCCUUAAACAACUGUUGUCGGGAGUUGCUAAGAAGCUAGCCCAGUAAAACAGUGUGUCUUCACAAACUGUCCAGGAACAGAUGUCGCUUUAAGAAUAAUGGACCGAGAACUGAACGAAGAGGAACUGCAGGAUUUGUACGCAUGGAUAGACAAAAUAUCUCUGUCUCGGCCCAAACGAAACAUCACAAGAGACUUCAGCGACGGAGUGAUGGCUGCAGAGGUUGUCAAAUAUUUUUUCCCAAAGUUUGUUGACCUGCACAACUAUAUCCCUGCAAACUCCACACAGCAGAAGCUCAGUAACUGGGAUCUUCUCAACAGGAAGGUGUUUUCCAAGCUGAAUUUCCAUGUGCCUGAAGAGAUAGUGAAGAAGAUUGUACUGAGCACUGCAGGAGUGAUAGAGCCUGUACUGAAUGCCCUCAGGGAGAAGAUAGACAAGAAACUGGAGCACACUACAGUGUGUGUUGAUUUGGAAUACUAUGACACCAGAAACCAAGAGAAACCUCAUAAAGAAAUUCGCCAGAUCGAAGCCAAACUUGUAGCUCAGCUUGCAGGAGAAGAGAUGAAAAAAGAUGAAAAAAGCAGUAUAAAAAACAGUAAACCGCAGCAGACAGCGCAGUUUUACUCAGACAUGGACCCUUCUUUGCGACUAAUCCUGCAGGAAAAGGAGCAAGCUGUCAUGGCUCUGCAGGAGACUGUAGAGAUCCUGCAGAUGAAGGUAAACAGGUUAGAGCAUCUGGUUCACUUGAAGGACAUGCGUAUUGAAGAUCUGAUGCAGCAUCUGGAGACCUACAAAGCAAAAGAAUAAGAAGAGACAGGAGACCUUCUGAGCAGCAUGAGGAGCAGCUGAUCUUCUCCAGCUAGCUGCUGCUGUGACCGAGUUCUGUCGAGUUAAUCACCUUCACACCACCAAAUCAGUCGCCAUUAUCAGGCUUACAGAAAUCAAACAGUGAGGUACAAAUCUUACAUUUUUUUAAUGUUGGUUUUUAAAACGUAUAUCUCCAACCUAAGUGGCUAGUUGGCAAGUUAACCACUGGAAUUCUAGCCAGUCAACACAUGCUAGCGUUAGUCAGAACAACUUAUUUCUGUUUUUUCUCUACUGGGCCAUUUACUCUAACAGAACUUUAAGUUCAUGUAGUUUAUUCACAAGACAUAUUUGUACUUAGACUCCUGUCUUAUAACCAACUGCAAACCAGUCCUCUUUUGUGGUGCAGUUUAUACUCC